GUACAGCGGGGUUAGGCAGUAAAAAACAAAAACGAAACGAAAGCGACUGUCGUUCGAUUGUGAUUGGUUGAGAGACUGACGUCUGACGUCACGCGUUAAAACCGUAGGCAGUAACACGCACGAAAGACGAAAGACGAAGCGUCGUCUAUCGUCUAUCGUUUUUCGACCAAUUCCUUUGAAAUUCUUAGGCAGUAACACGAAAUGACAUUUCCAAUCGUUUUAAAAGCGACACGAUCGUUCGUUUUUGAGACGAUCGACAAAGGUGUCUCGUUUUGCCGCGAAGUCAACCGAAUCAACUUUAGUUAAAUAUCUUAAACUAUUAUUAAAUAUUAAAUAAAACUUCUAAGGUGAGAAAUCAAUUUGGUAUUAUGUUAUAAAUGAUUUGUUAGUUGAAUAAAGUAAACAAUUUAUGAUUUGGCAUAUUAUAGAUAUGUCUCGCAUGUGGACCGCCUUGAUGUUAGAAGCUGCAGAUGCCGAAGCUAAAAAUAUGUCUCGGCAGCGUGGGCAGCGUAUGCUUCUACAAAGAUUAAAGAAUCGCGAACGGUUACUCCAAAAAAUUCCGGAGUGGCAGUUUAGAGCUCAUUACAGGCUGAAUAAGGAAGAGUUCCACUCGUUGUGUGACGAGCUCAGGCACAAUACCAGUUUAAAAGGCUCGAAAACAACUUCACUGGAACUUAAGGUGCUGACAGCAUUGAACUUUUAUGCCAUGGGUUCAUAUCAGAAAGGUGUUGCUAAUGAGGUACACAUGAAUCAAAAAAGUGUAAGUCGGUGUAUCAGAGAGGUGACAAAAGCUCUGAAUGAGAUUUCAAAUAAAUGGAUACAAUUCCCACAAACAAGCACACAAAGAACUAAAAUUAAGCAAGGAUUUUAUACUAAGUUUAAUUUUCCUGGUGUAAUUGGUGCCAUUGAUUGCACCCAUGUGGCCAUAGUUCGUCCAGCUGCAGAUGUACUUUGUUUUUAUAACAGAAAAGGCUUUCAUUCUCUUAAUGUCCAAAUGGUAUGUGACAGUGAUCUCAGAAUCACUAAUGUUAAUGCCAAGUUUGAUGGUGCAAGUCACAACAGUCAUAUCUGGGCAAGUAGAAGACUGCAAAGCCAUAUGGAGGCUCUGCAACUAUCUGGCAAGUCAGUUUGGUUGUUGGGUGACAGUGGUUACCCUCAAAGGAUCUACCUUAUGACACCUAUUCUGAAUGCAGAACCAGGAUCUAGAGGAGAGAACUACACUAGAGUGCAUGUCAAGGCCCGAAACUGCAUAGAAAGGGCAUUUGGUUAAAUAUAGAUUUUGAUAUUUGUUAGGUCAGCAUAUCCUUUAUUAUCACCCUGAUUAUGCAGCAGAAAUUGUUAUUGCAUGUGUGGUACUGCAUAACAUGCUCAUAGAUUCAAGAGGAACUCCUACAGAUGAUGCAGAAGUACUUUUGUCCACUGCUCUUACACAACCAACUGUUGUUGAAAACGGGCCGGAUGUGAUUGUGGGGCGGGCUGUUAGGAAUAGACUAAUUAUUGGCAGUUUUUAGUUUGGUUGAAGAAGCCCACACAAUAAUGUCUAAAAGUGUAUUUUUAAGAAGAAAUAUGAUGAAGAUGAAUGUUUUACAAAUUAAAAAUAA